AUGCCACGUACACAGUUCCCAAUAAUUGGAUUCGCUUUUGAAGUGCAAAAACGAAAAAUUGAAGAAAUUGAUAAAUGGCUCCAUGAAGUAUCGAAAAAUUUUGAAGAUGGAAUAUUUAGAACUUGGCUUGGAAUGACAACAAUUCAUGUUAAUAAACAAGAAUAUGCUGAAAUUAUUCUUCGUGAUACAAAACAAAUAACGAAAGCACAUAUUUAUAGAUAUUUUGAGCCUUGGUUUGGACUUGGUCUUGUUAAUUCAUCAGGCAUAAAAUGGGCUCAUGAUAGGAAACUAAUAACACCAUCAUUUCAUUUCGGUAUUUUAGAAGAAUUUGCUGAAGUUAUGGUAGAAAAGGCAACAAUAUUAAACAAAAAAACUGCUUUGGGGAUGAAUAUUCAUGCACAAGAUGACAUUGAAAGUGAUUAUAUUCAAGCAGCCCGAACAUUGACCGAUAGUAUAACUGCACGAAUAUUUCGUCCAUGGUUGAAAUUUGAUUUUAUUUAUUAUCUAACAGCAAGAGGUAAAAAUUUUCAAAAAGCAGUUGACAUUGCCCAUGAUAAAUGUAAUCGAGUGAUUGAGUACAAGAAAAAAGAACGAGAGCGUAAAUCUAAAAUGAAUCAUUUGAAUUUAGAUACAACUGAUGAUAUAACAGGAAAAAAAAAAAGAAGAGCUUUUUUGGAUCUUUUGUUUGAGGCAAGUGAAAAUAAUGAAAGACCUUUGACCAUGGAUGAAAUUCGAGAUCAUGUCAAUACAUUCAUGUCUGCUGGACAUGAUACAACAUCAGCAUUGAUAAGUUGGACUUUAUUUUGUAUUGGUAAUGAGAUCGAUGUACAAAAUAAACUUCAUAAAGAAUUGGAUGAAGUUUUGGGUGAUAGAAAUGAAGUAGUAACAACAAAAGAUGUAUCAAAAAUGAAAUAUCUUCAUAGAGUUAUUAAAGAAGUACUUCGACUUUAUCCAAGUGUAACGAGAGUUGCAAGAUAUAUUACUGAAGACAUGCAAUUUGGUAAAUAUACUGUUCCUGCUGGUUGUAAUUUGACUCUUCACAUCAAUCAAAUUCACAUGGACCCUAACUUAUGGCCAAAUCCAACUAAAUUUGAUCCAGACCGAUUUUUACCAGAAAAUUCAAUAAACAGAAAUCCAUAUGCCUAUAUUCCAUUUUCUGCUGGACCAAGAAAUUGUAUUGGGCAAAAAUACGCUCAACUUGAGGCUAAAAUGGUUCUAACUGAAAUACUCAGAAAAUGGAAAGUUACAAGGUUUGCACCUUUAACGUACAAUUCAAAUUUAUGUUAA